AUCGCCAUCAACGGCGCUGCCCCGCCGCCCAACGGGACGACCGGCACAAAGGACGCACCCGGCAGAAUGUCUCUCAAGCUCUCCCAUUUGCCCAGCAGGCAGAUCAUCAAGCCCGUCUACCCGCGUUCGCCUUCUACGAUCGACCCCAACAACCCGCCAUGGCCUGCAUACCGUGGCUACCACGAGUACUCCUUCGCUUACGCGACUAUGGGCCAGCGCCUGCCCACCAUCCUUGGAAAGGGAAUCGAGGACGUAGUCGUCACUCUCAACCAGGAGUACGACGAGGAACGCGUCGUCGACCUCGUCCAGUGUAUCGAGCGUAUGGACGCCCUCAUGGGGGAGUUGCAGGCCCAGGCAAAGCUCCGCCCCAUCAUUGACGAUGGCGAGGCCGACGUAGCUCUGUGGAACAAGCUCAUCGCGAAGUACUUCCAUGGCAAGACGUUCAUGAACGCCCCUUGGCUGUUCGCGGAGGCGUACAAGUACCGUCGUCUGCAGGAAUGCUUCAGCAUUAGCAAGUUCUGGAAGAGCUACGACGUUUUCUUCAGGCAGAAGUGUGACACCUUCUCUCGCUCAAACGAGGCCGUCUUCGAGCUGUCCAUGCGUUUUGCUGAGCCUUUCAAGCUGAAGGACGGUCUCUCUCCCGACCAGAAGCUCGAAGCCGAGCGAUUGAUGUUCAAAGAACUUACUCAGAUCUGUCUCUGGGGAAACUCGACGGAUUUGUCCCUGCUGAUCAACAUGACGGAGGACCAGAUCCGGUCCUUGCAGUCGACGGGAGGCGCCAAUCUCGCCGCAACUGAGAAGAACAUCCUCGGCAACCACAUGCAGAAGCUCUGGGAGACAGCGCUCACCCUCCGCAACACCGGAGGACGGGUCGACUUCGUUUUGGAUAACGCUGGCUUCGAAUUGUACUGCGAUUGCGUCUAUGCCGACUUCCUCAUCCAAAGCGGUCUGGCCAAGGAAAUUCGUUUCCACGGCAAGCGUUACCCGUGGUUCGUCUCAGACGUCACGAAGAAGGAUUGGUCGUGGCUCUUGAACACCAUGGUAUACGGCCACCUAUUCCCCAAGGCUUCUGAGGAAGAGAAGGAGAGUCUGCGUCGUCUCGGCUUGCGCUGGAAGCAAUACGAGAAGGAGGGCAAGUGGAUCUACGAACAGCAUCCGUUCUGGUGCACCGGCUUCACGUUCUGGGAGCUGCACAACGAAGCUCCUGAUCUGUUCCUCCACCUCUCGCGCUCGGACCUCGUCAUCUUCAAGGGUGAUCUGAACCACCGCAAGUUGACGUACGACUGUGCCGCCCCGCCGUCCACAGACUUCGAGAUCGCCAUCGGUUCCAUGGCGUCUGCUGCUGGCGCUCCCAGGGUGUGCAGUAUGCGCACGAUCAAGAGCGACGUGGUCGUCGGCCUUGGUCCCGACGGCGAUGAACUCGCGGAGCGUCUGGACAAGGAGGAGCCUGGCUGGAAGAUCAGUGGCAAAUACGCUGUCGUCCUCUUGUCAGAAGGUCGCCCUGGCGAGAAGGUUGUCUUUAUGUGAGGCUCCCCCCAUGGAGAACGUUGAAUAUGUGAAGUUGGCCCCGACAUCCUGUAUGCGAUCCUUUGUAUCAUAGAGCACAUCCUCACCCUGUAUCAG